CCUACUCUGCGGCACCUGGAGGGAGCCAGAGGCCUGCCUGGAGGAGGUGCCCUGGCCUGCAGACCAUGAGCACCACAGGCUCCGGUCUCCACUGCUCCGGGUGCAGACAGGCCCUGGCGCAGGGCAGGACCGGCCGUGGCCAGGAGUAGCAGCAGAAGGACACCGGAGAGAGGGGGCAGCUGUCCCCGGCCAGCCCCAUGCCAGGCAGCCAGCCCGAGAUGGACGACGGCGUGGACAAGCUCAAGGACGAGGACGCGCUGUGGGAGAACGUGGAGUGCAACCGGCACACGCUGAGUCGCUACAUCAACCCGGCCAAGCUGACCCCGUACCUGCGCCAGUGCCGGGUCAUCGACGAGCAGGACGAGGACGAGGUGCUCAGCGCCCCCACGCUGCCCUCCAAGAUCAACCGCGCAGGUCGGCUGCUGGACAUCCUCCACACCAAGGGUCAGCGGGGCUAUGUGGUCUUCCUGGAGAGUCUGGAGUUCUACUACCCAGAGCUCUACAAGCUGGUGACCGGGAAGGAGCCCACGCGCAGAUUCUCCACCAUCGUGGUGGAGGAGGGCCACGAGGGCCUCACGCACUUCCUGAUGAACGAGGUCAUCAAGCUUCAGCAGCAGAUGAAGGCCAAGGACGUGCAGCGCUGCGAGCUGCUGGCCAAGGCGCGCCAGCUGGAGGACGAGAAGAAGCAGCUGACGCUGGCGCGCAUGGAGCUGGUCACCUUCCAGGAGCGCUGCCGCAAGAUGAAGGAGGAGCGCGAUGGCUACAGCGACGAGCUGGCCAAGGUCAAGGACGACAACUACAACCUGGCCAUGCGCUACGCACAGCUCAGCGAGGAGAAGAACAUGGCAGUGAUGCGCAGCCGGGACCUGCAGCUGGAGAUCGACCAGCUGAAGCACCGGCUGAAUAAGAUGGAGGAGGAGUGCAGGCUGGAGAGGAACCAGUCACUGAAACUGAAGAAUGACAUCGAGAACCGGCCCAAGAAGGAACAGGUGCUGGAGCUCGAGCGGGAAAAUGAGAUGCUGAAGACCAAGAUCCAGGAGCUGCAGUCUGUCAUCCAGGCUGGGAAGCGCAGCCUGCCCGACUCGGACAAGGCCAUCCUGGACAUCCUGGAGCACGACCGCAAGGAGGCCCUGGAGGACCGGCAGGAGCUGGUGACCAAGAUCUACGACCUGCAGGAGGAGGCUCGCCAGGCCGAGGAGCUUCGGGACAAGUACCUGGAAGAGAAGGAGGACUUGGAGCUGAAGUGCUCGACACUGGGCAAGGACUGCGACAUGUACAAGCACCGCAUGAGCACAGUCAUGCUGCAGCUGGACGAGGUGGAGCGCGAGCGCGACCAGGCCUUCCACUCGCGGGACCAGGCGCAGACCCAGUACUCACAGUGCCUCAUCGAGAAGGACAAGUACCGGAAGCAGAUCCGCGAGCUGGAGGAGAGGAACGACGAGAUGCGGAUCGAGCUGGUGCGGCGGGAGGCCUGCAUCGUCAACCUGGAGAGCAAGCUCCGGCGCCUGUCCAAGGACAGCCUGGACCAGAGCCUGCCCCGGAAUCUGCCAGUAACCAUCAUCUCUCAGAGCCUGGGGGACACCAGCCCCAGGACCAAUGGCCAGGAGGCCGACGACUCCUCCACAUCCGAGGAGUCCCCGGAGGACAGCAGAUACUUCCUGCCCUCCCAGCCUCGCAAGCGCAGGAUGAACCUCAAAGCCAUCCAGCUGCAGCGCGCCAAGUCCCCCAUCAGCCCGAAGCACAUCGCCGACUGCCAGGUGAGGACCCUCGAGGAGGAGGGAAGCGCCGGCAGCCCCAGCUCCUGCAGAUCCCUGCCCGUGUCCACCACCUUCGCCAUGCCACCUCACCGGAGCCGCUCCAGCAUCAUGUCCAUCACGGCCGAGCCCCCAGGGAACGACUCCAUUGUCAGGAGGUGCAAGGAGGAUGCCCCGCAGCGCAGCACAGUGGAGGAGGACAAUGACAGCGGCGGGUUUGAAGCCCUGGACUUUGACGAUGACAGCCAUGAGCUCUCCUCCUUCGGACCCCCCUCUGUCCACUCCUCCUCCUCCUCCCACCAGUCGGAGGGCCUGGAUGCCUACGACCUGGAGCAGGUCCACCUGAUGUUCAGAAAGUUCUCCCUGGAAAGACCCUUCCGGCCAUCUGUGACUUCAGCAGCCCAGGCACGGGGCCCUGGGCCCACCGUGCAGCGGGCCACACUGAGCGGGGACGGCCUCACCUCCCAGCUUUCCGUGCUGGGGGGCAACGCACGCGGCAGCUUCGUCCACACAGUCAAGCCGGGUUCGCAGGCGGAGAAGGCCGGCCUCCACGAGGGCCACCAGCUGCUGCUGUUGGAGGGCUGCAUCAGGGGCGAGAGGCAGAGCGUCCCCCUGGACUCGUGCACGAAGGAGGAGGCACACUGGACCCUGCAGAGGUGCAGUGGCCCCGUCACGCUGCACUACAAGGUCAACCACGAAGGGUACCGGAAGCUGCUGAGGGAUAUGGAGGACGGCGUAAUCUCAUCCGGGGACUCCUUCUACAUCCGGCUAAACCUGAGCAUCUCCAGCCAGCUGGACGCCUGCACGCUGUCCCUGAGGUGUGAUGACGUCGUCCACGUGCGGGACACCAUGUACCAGGACAGGCACGAGUGGCUGUGUGCCCGCGUGGACCCCUUCACCGACCAGGACCUGGACGUGGGCACCAUCCCCAGCUACAGCCGGGCCCAGCAGCUGCUCCUGGUGAAGCUGCAGCGGCUGGUGCAGAGGGGCAGCCGGGAGGACGCCGAGCCCGCCCACCACACUCUGCGGACCCUGCGGAACACCCUACAACCGGAAGACGUGCAGUCGGCCGCGGACCCCCGUGUCAGCCCCCGCCUCUCGAGAGCGAGCUUCCUGUUCGGUCAGCUCCUGCAGUUCGUCAGCAGGUCCGAGAACAAGUACAAGCGCAUGAACAGCAGUGAGCGUGUCCGCAUCGUCUCGGGAGGCCCGCUGGGCAGCAAGGCCCGGACCUCGCUGGACGCCACCCGGGGCUUGGCCGAGAGGACGGAAGAGCCAGAGCCAGAGAGUGAGCUGGGCAGAACCCUCAGCCUGGUCCCCUACAGCCUGGUGCGCCCCGUCUACUGCGAGCACCGCCGGCCCGUGCUCUUCGCGCCCAGCAUGCUGGCCCGGGCACUGGUACAGCGGCUGCUCAACUCGGCGGGUGCCAUGGAGCUCACCAUGUGCAAGCCAGACGUAGUCACGAGGGAGGAGUACCUCAGGAAGCAGAGGCUGGGGCCCGUCAUCUACUCCCGGGAGAAGAACCCCAACACCUUUGAGUGCAUCAUGCCGGCUAAUGUGGAGGCUGUGGCCGCCAAGAACAAACACUGCCUGCUGGAGGCCGGGCUGGGCUGCUGCAGGGACCUCAUCAAGGCGGGGAUCUGCCCCAUUGUGCUCUUCAUCCGCGUGGCCGAGAAGAACAUCAAGAGGUUCAGGAAACUGCUGCCCAGGCUGGACACAGAGGACGAGUUCCUGCGUGUGUGCCGGAGGAAGGAGAAGGAGCUGGAGUCGCUGCCCUGCCUCUACGCCACGGUGGAGCCGGACGCGUGGAGUAGCGUGGAUGAACUGCUGCGUGUCCUCAAGGACAAGAUCACCGAGGAGCAGCGCAAGACGGUCUGGGUGGACGAGGGCCAGCUGUGAGGUGCCCUGC